CGCGUCUGGGGACCGCGUUUUAUUGUUAGCCCGUUGACGAGGUACUUAAAGACUGAUGCUGCCGUCCGAGAGGGGAGUCAGCGCACACUACACACCGGUCACGACUCGCGAACUACAAGUUGAACUUGGUGUUGAUAUCCCAAUUGUGCAUCGGACUCCGGUCUCAGUUGUCGUUCGCAUCGUCCACCAUAUACUCGGCUCGUUCUUACCUCGAGGUUCUUCUGAAGUAGAAUGAGUAGUCUAGCUGUCGCACGUUCUCAGGCUUGUAUGGCUCGCCGACUUACUUCGGGUACGGUCGCUGGUGUUGCUCGACCUGCUUCACGGCUUCCCUUAGAGAGAGGGUUUUUCACGAUCAUACACCAGGGGCAUGAGGCAUGGCGGUUGAGACUUGGAAGAGACCCCGUCCAUCUCGAACCGGGAUUACGAAUUGCGAUCCCACUUUAUCAUACGAUUGUCAACCUGGACAUGAGGGAAUCAUCCAUCCAGAUACCCAAGCUCCCGGGUUACACCGCGGACAACGUCCCAGUCACCUGUUCCGGCUCGCUUUUCUAUCGUGUGCAAGACAGCUAUAAGGCUUGUUUUGCGGUCAGCGAUGUCCAUGAAAAUAUCACGAAGAUUGGACAAUCGGCGAUGAGGAGUGUGUUGGGGUCGUUCAGUUAUGAUCAGGUCAUCAGCGAUAGGAAUGGACUGAACAAGCAGCUGAACGUCGUCAUUGGGAACACCAUUUCAAACUGGGGCGUCGAGUGCUCCCGGUUCGAAGUUCAAACAUUUCAACCAGCUAAUCGAGAGGUCGAGCGCCAACUCGAGCUCCAGAUGGAAGCCGAGCGUAAUAGACGAAAGCAGCUUUUGGAUACGCAAGCGCAGGUCAAUGUGGCGGAGGGCCACAAGCAACGAGUUAUCCUUGAGUCAGAAGGGCAUCUCGUAGCCAAGGCCAACGAAGCGGAAGCUACCUACAACGUCAUCGUCCGUGAAGCUGAAGCCCGGAACAAACAAUCCAUCCUCGAAGCCUCCGCCCUCUCAAAACAAGUCGCAGAGCUCGCCUCUUCCCUAACCUCCUCCCCCGACAUCUCACCAUCCCCUGCUCAACGUCAAAUGGCGCUCUCGGCCCUUCUUUCUCUAGCCCGUCUGGAGCAACUUAAGGCUAUCGCCAACGGUGAAGGAAACUCCACUUAUUUCUUUGGAGAUAAAGCUUCGUUAGGCUCGAAAAUGCUCGAGGAAUAUGGGGUGGACUUCGCGGAGAAGAUUAAGGCGGCGGCACAGACUGUUAGUGUGAGGUCGGGUGGUGCUGCUAGCCCAGGUACAGGUGGUCAAAAGCAACCCGCUCAGGCCACUGACACCAAGCUCACGAAGUCAUCGACAACACCAGAAAAUCCAGCCUCCCCGAGGCAACACACUGAUCUUACGAACGCCGAUAGUACACAAGCGGGGGACAAGGAAGAUGGUUUGGAGUCGUUAGCUGCUGAUGUAGGGGAACUGGUUGAUGAGGCGCAGGCUCUGGCGAAUAGAGGGGUGCGACUCGCUGCUGACAAGAUGGUCGACUCGGACAAAUCUCCCAUGGAGCUUAUUUCGGACAUGUUCAAAGAUGUUCCUGAGCAAGCCACUAACAAAGCAAAACCUGAAACGCUCUGAGCAUGUCUCUGAGACUCUUUGUCGUGUCGAGCUGCUUUCGUUGCUUUCGUUCCUAGUCGAUUACUAGCACUGUACACAUAGAUACCACCACUCA